AUGACAGCCACCACUUUCCCCAGACACAUCCCUUCCAUCCCUUACAGCGAUCCCCCAAGUCGCCUCCAAACGCUCGAUAUCUGGCUUCCCCGGCCUCUCGAGGAGACAACGUCUCAAAAUGCCAACGCGAUAUGGCUAGUCUACAUCCACGGCGGCGCAUGGCGCGACCCAGAAAUCGAGGCGAUAAGUUUUGAACACACCAUCAAACACCUCGUCGCCUCGCAUGCCUCAACCCUGGCCAACAUUGCUGGUAUUGCGAGUCUAAACUACAGGCUCUCGCCUUACCCGGACCACAAAACGCAACCAAGCACGCCCAGCGACCCAGCGCGCUCCGCUAGACACCCCCAACAUAUCCGCGACGUCGGCCACGCAGUACAAUACCUACAGCGCGAAUACUCUGUAAAAAGAUGGAUUGGAAUAGGCCAUUCCUGCGGCGCUACCAUGCUUUGCCAACUCAUCAAUGGUAUUGGUCUGACGCCUGAACUUAUUCCAGCGCCGGGACCAGAAGCCUUGAUCUUGAUCUCAGGCUUAUACAACCUCCCGCUGCUCAUCCGUAACCAUCUUCCGCCUACGACUCCAGCGCCUAUUGCGAAAAUCUACAGGGACUUUAUGGAGCUGGCUUUUGGCGAGGACGAAGCAGAGUGGCAGAAGGCGUCACCGGUUACGUUCAAGUAUAAUGCGCAACAGUGGCCUGAAGGGAAGCUAUUGAUACUAUGUCAUAGCUAUGAAGAUGAGCUGGUAGAGAGGGCGCAGAGGGAUGUUAUGUGUGUUGCGCUGGAUAGGGAGGGGUGGAAUACAGUAAUGGAGGUUGGAGAUGAGGAGGACCAAGUAAAGGCUGAAGGGAGGAGAGUAGUCAAUGUGCGGGAUCUAAAGGGUGGCCACGAUUGGAUUUGGAAGGAUGGAAAGCAGAUCGCGAUGUUGGCCGCUGAAGCUGUAGAACGAUUAGUGUAG